AUGGCCGCCGACCCAGACACCGCCAUGACUGGUAUCAGCACGCCUGCGGCAAUCAUAGCCUGCCGCCCUCUUCAAAAGGUCCCUCUCGAGGUCCUCCUGCGGAUAACAUCCUUCCUCACAACUCCCGAACUCGGCAACACCCGUCUGACAUGCCGUUCAAUUGAACAGGCUUUGUUCACUACAUUUACCAACGAAUUUUUCACCCGCAAGCAGUUCAUGAUUUCCGAGACAAGUCUACAGGCCUUGAUUGACAUAUCCAAGAGUCGUCUCGGUGGUUAUCUUCGUAUGGUCCACAUCGGGCUUGAUCGUUUCGCCCAUGCUCUUCAAGUCAGUGGCCAAAACGCGCGAAAUGUCAGGCAGAAGCAGCUGUACGACGGCCAGUUCUCAAUGUUGAGCACAGGCUAUCAUCGGGAUAUGCUCGCCGAAGCGUUCAGAAACCUCAGCAACCUUGAAGAUGUAGUCAUCCGCGACUUCAACUCCAACAGGCGUUCUCGUGACAGCCCUAAACAAUGGACAAGCUAUGGGUCAACUACAGCGUUCAGGGAGACUGGGCACCGCCCUGGUCAGGGAAGUGGUCAGGCUUGGGGCCCUGAUCCCUCGACAGAUUACGGAAGCUCAGUUUUCAUUUCUGUCCUUUUCGCAUUGGGACAAGCCAACGCAAAGCCAAAGGGGAUCGAGUACAUGUCGAGAGCUAAGAAUCAUUUACGGGACUGUGCCUUUAACAUCCCCUCCUACAUGGAGCCCUCAGUGAUGCCGGUCCUGGAGAAUCUCGAAAAAUUGCACAUCGAUAUCGAUCUCCUUGGAGGAAGCGACUUUUCCAUGGAUGGUGCCGGUCACUCAUCCAGCGCGGAUAUGAUGCUGCGCGGAUUUCUCCUGAGGCUGAAAAAUAUUAAGCACCUGCGUAUAAACGAGACUCACAGUAGUGUCAACGGACCUGGCAUGCUUCUCAAAUGGCUUGGGAGUGAGGUUUCUACUUCUGCUCCCGCCUCCCCUUCUGCCUCCGCGCCCGUCCCCGCCCCCUCCUUACCUUCUAUUCCUUCGCCAGACUAUCCCCAGCUUGAAGCCCUGGAUUUUGGCAUGAUGAACGUGGAAGCACAGCAUAUACUAGCCGUUGUCCGAAAGUUUUCAUCGACGCUCAAGCGAUUAGAGUUGCACAAGAUUACACUCCGCCGACGCUUGCCCGAGGGUCAUACAGGCGCUUCCCCAAAGGUCAACAUGUGGAACAAAUUUCUCGAAAAGCUCAAGGAUAUUCCCAAUCUUGAUCUGCGUCACAUCAAAGUGAGCUUACCGCAACAACAUUGGACUUCACGAUCACGAUGCUUCGUUGCCUUUGAGGACACGAGAGACAAUGUCAGCCAAUAUACGGGCCCCGACUGGAAGCAUUUUGUCGAGCAUGAAAUGAGGACGAAAGUGACUGUGCAAUGGUCGCACGAAGACAGUGGUGACAGUGACGACGACGACGACGACGAGAGUGACGAUAUGUCCGACCUGCCCGACGAGUAG